UGCAGGAUGAACUCUACCCAUCACCAUGGAAUGCACACUUCUCUCCACUUCUGGAACCACAGCACCUACGGACUACACAGCAAUGCCAGUGAGUCCCUUGCAAAAGGCUACUCGGACGGAGGGUGCUACGAGCAACUUUUUGUCUCUCCCGAGGUGUUUGUGACUCUGGGUGUCAUAAGCUUGUUGGAGAAUAUUCUGGUGAUUGUGGCAAUAGCCAAGAACAAGAAUUUGCAUUCACCCAUGUACUUUUUCAUCUGCAGCCUGGCUGUGGCUGACAUGUUGGUGAGCGUCUCCAACGGGUCAGAAACCAUUGUCAUCACCCUAUUAAACAGCACAGACACGGACGCACAAGGUUUCACAGCGAACAUUGACAAUGUCAUUGACUCGGUGAUCUGUAGCUCCUUGCUUGCAUCCAUUUGCAGCCUGCUUUCGAUUGCUGUGGACAGGUAUUUUACUAUCUUUUAUGCCCUCCGGUACCAUAACAUCAUGACGGUUAAGCGGGUCGCGAUCAUCAUCGGUUGUAUCUGGGCAGCUUGCACAGUGUCGGGCAUUUUGUUCAUCAUUUACUCAGAUAGCAGCGCUGUCAUCAUCUGCCUCAUCACCGUGUUCUUUACCAUGCUGGCUCUCAUGGCUUCUCUCUAUGUCCACAUGUUCCUCAUGGCCAGACUUCACAUUAAGAGGAUCGCCGUCCUCCCAGGCACUGGCACCAUCCGCCAAGGUGCCAACAUGAAGGGGGCGAUUACCUUGACCAUAUUGAUUGGGGUCUUUGUUGUCUGCUGGGCCCCCUUCUUCCUCCACUUAAUAUUCUACAUCUCUUGUCCCCAGAAUCCAUACUGUGUGUGCUUCAUGUCUCACUUUAACUUGUAUCUCAUCCUGAUCAUGUGUAAUUCCAUCAUUGAUCCUCUGAUAUAUGCACUCCGGAGCCAAGAACUGAGGAACACCUUCAAAGAGAUCAUCUGUUGCUAUCCUCUAGGUGGCCUGUGUGAUCUGUCUAGCAGAUACUAAAUGGGGCCAGAUGAGAUGCUAAACACAAGCAUAAGAGACUUUCUCCUUCUCAUACGUGCAACUUGAACAGUGUGUUUCUGCAACAGUUCUUUCUCCUGUGUAAGGCAUCGG